AUGAGCUCACUCGAGACCUUCUCCCAAUCAUUACGUCCAGAAUGGCUUGCCAAUUACCUUGGAUCAGAAACAAUAUUCGCCACUCAUGCUCAUGAAGUCCUUUAUUCUUUCGUUUUUUACAACAUGCUUUUCUUGUUCUGCCCUGUGAUUGGCAGAGUCUGCUUUGGCUCAAUUUAUACUUGCCUUGUUUCCUCAUCCGAUCCGAAACAACGUAAAUUGAAAUUGAAUUUCGAUAUCCAUAUCAUUGCCAUGAUUCAGGCAAUCAUUUCCAUUGGGGCCUGUAUUUGGCUCUUCUGUUCCACCGUGCUCAAUGAUAACCAACUUUUAGGUUACGAUUACUCCCAUACUUUUGUGUCCUCGAUCACCGUUGGUUACUUCAUUUGGGAUCUUUUGGUUUGUUUGAAGUACUUUGAUCUUUUCGGGUUUGAAUUUCUCCUUCAUGCCGUGGCCAGUUUGUUUGUGUUUUCCACCACUUUCAUGCCGUUCUUCCAAUACUGGGUCCCAAGAUUCUUGAUCUUUGAAGCUAGUUCGCCAUUUGUCAAUAUCAACUGGUUCAUUGCCAACUCUAAGGGAGCCAAAGGUUGGUUAUCUUCCACCACAUUGAAUGUCGUCAAUGGGUUGUUGUUGAUGUUGAGUUUUUUCAGUGUCAGAAUCAUUUGGGGUUUCUACGCCAUCUAUUUGGUCAUGUGUUUGUUGUGUAACCAAUGGAAUGACUUGACGUCCAUCGAGCAAAUCGUUGCAUCGAUUGUUGUGGGUUUGAAUUUCUCUUUGGACGUCUUGAAUUUGUUUUGGUUCAAGAAAAUGGUGAGAAUUGCUAAAAAAAUGGCUUCAAAGGGUAAGUCGUCACCAAAAAACUCUGAAAAAAAGGAUCAAUAA